AUGGAUAUGAUGUGUCAAACGAUGCUCUAUCUGCCUUGCGAUCCAGAGCUUAUCAUAUUCAAAGUGGACAGCUUUGCCGAGAUGGAUUGGGCUAAAGCUUUGACGCUCAGCAUGGAUCUGGACGUGUUCGCCAGUCUCAUCGCGUGGGGUAGUCAGUCCAUUAGCUAUUUCUGUCCAUUGGACGGCUUUUCAUUUGCGCAAGUUCUGCUGGCGAUUCGCCGACGAAAGACGACGAUCCAUUCGAACGUAUCGCAAUGUGUCGUGGCUGAUCUAACCGAUAAGCAUUGA